AUGGAUGUCAGAUCGCAGGAGCAGAUCACAGGUACACGCAUGUCAUGGAAUAUUUGGCCCAGCACCAGGCUGGAUGCAACCCGUGUCAUCGUGCCGUUGGGCUGCCUCUACACCCCUCUGAAGGAGACAGAAGGCCUUCAGCUGGUGGAGUACGAGCCUGUUAUUUGCAAGGGACGAGACUGCGGAGCUGUACUGAAUCCUUUUUGUUAUGUGGACUUCCACUCCAAGAGUUGGACGUGCCCAUUUUGCCACACUCGAAAUCGUUUUCCUCAGCACUAUGCAGAUCACAUAACGGAGACGAAUCUGCCGGCAGAGCUCCUUCAGAUGUGCUCUACCAUCGAGUACAUCAUUCCAUCGGUCGCUUGCCAGCCGCCAGUCUUCUUGCUAGUCUUGGACACUGCGCUCAUCGAAGAAGAGCUUGACCAAGCAAAGGACUCACUCCAGCAGUCGCUGGCCAUGAUGCCGCAAAACGCUUUGGUCGGCUUUAUUACCUUCGGUGCUAUGUGCUACGUCCACGAACUGGCCUCCACUACGUUGCCCAAGGCCUAUGCCUUCCGCGGUGGAAAAGAAUACACCGCGCAGCAGGUGGCCUAUCAGUUGGGCUUCGCGUUGAAGAAUGAUCCCAGAGGGACCAUGGGUGCCCAAGCAGCAAGGAGAUUCUUGUUGCCAGUUGCGGACUGUGAGUUCACACUGAACUCCCUGCUUGACGACCUUUCUAGAGAUGCGUGGCCUCUUGGUGGCCACGAUCGACGACCCUACAGGUGCACAGGAGCAGCCUUGAGCGUAGCACUCGGUUUGGUGGAAGCUACGUGCCCACAAGGCAGU